AUGGGGAGGGGAAGAGCACACACGAGCACCCACCCUGGCGCGGAGAUCCGGCACCGCGGAAUGGAGCCCCACGCGCGCACACUGCUGGGAUUAAGACGGAUCACAUGGGGAGGGCCGGGGGCGAGGAAGGAGAGGCUGGGCGGCCGAUGUCAGUGCCACCAGCCGCGCCUUGGCGUCCCCGGCGGCGGAGAGACGGCCGCCGCUGCUGCUGCAGCUGCUGCCUCCGCUGCUGCUGCUGCUGCUGCCGCCGCCGCCGCCGCCGCCGCUGCCGCUGCCGCUGCCACUGCUUCCCCACACCGAGCGCCGCCGCUGAUCCGCAGCCGCCGGAGACGUCCCGCCGCCGCGCUCGCCUGCGCUCGCCUCUGCCUCCCCGCGUCGCUCCUACACUCACACAGCACAGCCGCGGAGCUCGGCAGACACAGUCCCGGACGCAACCUACCCUCCGCUGCCGCCGCCGCCGCCUCCGCCGCCGCUCCCGCCUCCGCCUCCUCCCCUUCCUCCUCCCGGCCCCCGCCUCUAGCGCUCCGGCAGCCACCUCCUCCCCGCGGAGCCCGCCCCCUGCGCCCCGCCCCGACGUUGGAGCUGCAGGUGUUCAUUGGCUAA